UAAACCACAGAAGAAGAACAAGAAUACCCUUAUCCGCUACAUGUUUGACGUUGUAUCCGGUUAAAUGUACGUUAAUGUCGCCCAGAACACAAAAUUAUGUAUUUAUUGUUUGUAACUUUCAGGUUGUUUGACAUAUUAGGUGAAUUUAGGUCGCUGUAAGGAAAAGUAAACUACAGUGUUGUGGCGACUUUAUUUUACUCAUCGGCUCCGUCCAGCCUUUUGUUUAGCUCCAUAUGUGGAAGUUGCAGUUCAUUGUUAGCCUAUCUUUAGCCGCAUUCACUUGUCUCCUGGGUUGCGGCUUGAUUGCGACAGGGACCAUAGCUACUAGCUAGCUUGGUAGCAAGCUGGCUAUGUAUUUUUUGUAUUAUAUAAACCUUUUGUGCUGUCUUAUUUGUGCUUUAACGUUUCUUGGACAUUGAAUUUUCUGCCACAUUCUGUGUAACAGUUGUGGUCUGCAGAAACUGCACCUCGCAUGUUUGAACACGUAAGAUUAGCUUCGUUAGCAAGCUAGGCAGGCAGCUAACUUUGAGACGUCAAACAGUACGAGGUUUAAGCUGUUUGCCAUUGUCUUGACCAGAAUAGUAUAACUUAGAUUAACUUCUAAAAACCGAAGGAGGCCUAACACCGUCUCCUAGCCACUCAGUCAAAGACCUGUUUUUUGGUUGGUGCUCAUUUGCCUGCCACGAUGGCUUCUUCCUCUGGAAAUGACGACGACCUUACCAUUCCCAGGGCAGCUAUAAACAAGAUGAUUAAAGAAACGCUCCCUAAUGUACGAGUGGCUAACGACGCCAGGGAACUUGUGGUUAAUUGCUGCACAGAAUUUAUACACCUUAUAUCCUCAGAAGCCAACGACAUAUGCAACAAGUCUGACAAGAAGACUAUUUCUCCUGAGCAUGUCAUUAAUGCCCUGGAGAGCCUUGGUUUUGCAUCAUACAUUACAGAGGUGAAAGACGUCCUGCAGGAGUGUAAAACCGUAGCUCUUAAGAGGAGGAAGGCCAGCUCUCGACUGGAGAACCUGGGCAUCCCAGAGGAAGAGCUCCUGAGACAACAGCAGGAGUUGUUUGCAAAGGCACGGCAGCAGCAGGCUGAGCUGGCCCCGCAGGAAUGGCUGGGAAUGCACGACCCAUCCGCUAGCGCCGCCCAACAGGCCGGCUCCUCUCAGGAUGAAGAAGAAGAGGAUGAUAUGUGAUCCCAGGCCAGUGUUCAGCUUGGCCGGGGCAUUUUCUGGGACAGCGUUGGCAUAGUCCCCCCAGUACUGACAUGAGACUUGUUUACCUCUGACACGUAGGAAAUGCACAAUUGGAAUGCACAGUGCAGAAAUUAAUGAAGGGGGAUUUUCAUGAACCACACGUUUGGAUAAGAGUACCUGAAAAUUAUGUGCAUUAAGAGGCUGUUAAAGACCGUUUUUGAUUAAUCUAAUCCUGCCCUUCAGUUUCCACUUCUGUUUGAUUGUCUUGAUAUUAUGUUGUUACUUCUAGAUGUCUGGUUGUGUUGUGGACACACUGAAGGCAGAUGUUACCUGGCAUGUCAGUGAAUUUUGCUAUUAAUGGAGCAAGUGUUCACUCCUUCAGGUACUGCACCAGAUAGCUUACUUACUUGUGCUAGGUCAUUUUGAGCAGUUUAGAAGAACUUCUCUUGAAUGAUUUCAGAGCAUCUGAUUCUUCCUUUAUUGUUAUUUCGGUUGUCAUUUUUACAGAGAGUUUUCCUUACCCUGCUCUUGGUGUAUUGGUUUAACAUUGGAUCAUUUAAGGGGUUGUGAAUAUUGGAUUUCUUUUGUUAAGUAGAGAAAUAAAUGGGUAUUUUGUUUUAGCUCAUUCAGAUACUCUAUGUUGCAUCUUGUUUGUACCAUAAACCACCCACAGUAUUUAAAAUUAGCUACACCUUUGACAAACAGAAUAUUGUCUCAGAACCAAAGAUUGAGGACAGACUUAAGAACCCACAUUUUGUGCAUUUUUAAAAGUGUAGGUACUACUGUGAUCCUCUCUGCUGUCUCCAGGUCAGUCUAAACAGUGCUAAGGAUUAUUAACCUGUAACUUUGUAAGAUGCUUUGAUAUCCAGGCUGAAUUUAUUUCUCUUCUCCUGCGGUGCAGUAUCAAACAUUUGCAUUGUGGUCAGACCUUGGUUUAAAGACAGUUAACUUAGUUGUGAUACACAUUCACUCACCUACAUAUAGGUUGUAUUCUUUAAGCAAUAAAGAAAUCAUGUUUUAUA